CUUGUAAUGGCGACCGUGCCGUAGAUGUGCCUAGGUUAGUGAAAAUGAAGCGAAGAAGAAGUUAUUUCUUUUAAGUAAAACGCCGAGGUUCCCCGGAGGAGGACUUUGCGUCUAUAACGGUCAUCUUCAUAAGUGGUAAACUUAGCUGUACUUUUGAACUUUUGCGCCCCCGAAAUGAUGAAGCUCAAGUCAAACCAAACCCGGACGUACGACGGGGAUGGCUACAAGAAGCGGGCCGCCUGUCUGUGCUUCAGGAGUGAGACCGAGGAGGAGGUGUUGUUGGUGAGCAGUAGUCGACAUCCUGAUAAGUGGAUAGUUCCUGGAGGGGGGAUGGAGCCUGAGGAGGAGCCCAAUGUUGCUGCAGCUCGAGAAGUGUGUGAAGAGGCCGGUGUGAAGGGGACUUUAGGUCGCUUAGUUGGAGUAUUUGAGAACCAGGAGAGGAAACACAGAACAUAUGUGUAUGUUCUUAUCGUAACAGAGGUGCUGGAGGACUGGGAGGACUCGGUCAACAUUGGGAGAAAAAGGGAAUGGUUUAAAAUAGACGAUGCCAUACAAGUGUUGCAGUGUCACAAGCCUGUGCAAGCCACCUACUUCGAGGCUCUCCAGGAGAGUUGCCUGACCAGUAACGGAACACCAUUGGUGGCCACGAUAGGUGGGGACCUCUCCCCUACCUACAGCAUCAAUCAGAGCUCCGUCUCGGGUAUCAGAUAACUAAAACCAUAACUCUGACACCCCCAGGAGCUUUCGCCACCACUUGCGCUCUUACUUGUGUCAUUUCUCUUCUCUUCUCUUCUCUUCUCUUCUCUUCUCUUCUCUUCUCUUCUCUUCUCUUUCUCCUUCUCGCUCUUCUUUCUCUUUUUUUGUCUCAAUUACAUGGUUUGCCUUGCCAACUCCUUUGUGCCAGAACCGUGGCACAGACUUGAUGACAAGUGUUGGGUGAAUAGUCUGAAACACUUUGUAAAUGUAAAUGUAAUUUUUGACCCCUCUUUUUUUCUUUUUACUGACAACUGCAUGAAGUGUCCCCUCGUCCCCUCAUUCCCCUUCCUAAACGCGCCCUUAGCGUGGUGUUUAUUGAAUGCAAGAACUACUUUUUACUGUUGUAAUGUAAAAGUGUAUACUUAGUGCUUAAGCUGAAGGCUUUUGGUGGUCUUUUUAACGUUUCCUCCAUUUUUUUUGUUUAUUUUUCUGUGAAUGAAUGUGCCCAUUAGUGUACUCCCUUCCCUGUUGUAAGGAUAGGAAAUAUUGUCUGUAUCUGAAUGAACACAAUUGUUGGAAGUGACUUGUCUUGCAUGAGCACUGUUAUGUUGUGUCUCACUCACUCGAGUGACCUGAUGCUGACUGUGCAACAGACAUUUGGUAAGGUCUUUGGCUUUUCUUCAUUUUUCUCCUUACUGUAGUUGUUGAUGUCUUUUUAAUCAGAAGGAUACGGCCCCUAAGUAGUCUUUCAAUUUCAGUAGUCUUUCAAUUUCAAGUGUCAACUGUGUUUCUCUUAUUUGGGAAGCUAGCCAAGCACUACAGGUUUCACUCUCAGACAAAGCAAAUACAGAAUACUGUACAGAGAGUGAAAGAAUGUCAACAUACAAUGUAAAAUGAACCACCUUUUCCUCAGUGUCUUUACCUCCUUUUAAUCCCUCUUUGUUUUCUUUUCUUUUUUUUUUUUUAAACUGCUUUCUUGUGACUGACUACAAAGUCUUCCUCCACAUACUGAGAGGGUAGAAGUAGUAGACUUCAGAAUCAUGCAUUUGUAAUUUCAAAAUGCAGCACAUAUCACUUAAGUUAUUAAAACCCAUUUCCAUAUUUUACUCCUCACAUUCAGUUUGGUUAAAAGCAAUUGUUUACAUUGUGUUCGUAAUAUAGCACAGGUGACUUUAGCGGGCACUUUUCAUUAUGGUCAUGAUCUUUUUUUUUUUUUUUUUUUAACCCUUCGUUCUUUAGUAUUUAAUCUGCAUCCCCAAAAACACUCAGAACACCUGCUUGACAUUGAAAGUAAUGGAUCUAUAAUGCUGUCUUUGGCAAGAUGCAGAACAAACAAGCCUUGUACAGUUUGAGACCUCGUUUUUAACAUGUAAAAUGCUUUUGGAUACUAGUUUUAUUUUCUUUUUUUUGUUUGUUUUAUUUUUCUUUCUCUCUCUAACGUCUGGCAAAAGUCUCUUUAGCUGAGCUGCGUCACUUGGCCUCGAUGUGGCGUGAGGCAGCUGGCUCAAUACUGUGAAACUGGAGGCGCUGUAGAUAGCAUGUAAGAGGUUUUUAUUGUAAAUUGUUUAUUUCUGUAUAGAUCAAAGGUGAGAGUACAAAUGACAAAACACCUCUUACACAUCUGUGAGUGCUACAUGUCAUUUCAACUAAGGCUGGAAUAACUGAUUGAACUUGUCGCGCUGGCUUUGAAGCUGUUGGGAAUUUUUCUCCUGAGAUAGAAUACAGUACAUCUGAGGCUAAAGAACAAGGAAUGUGGCCGUGGUUGUGGGUGAGGUUAAAGAGCCUAUUUAUAAUAGAAUAUCCUUAAAUCCUUUUUUUGUUUUUUUGUUUUUUUUAGACCAAAACUAAUUUGUAGCGGUAAGGGACUCCUGUUUUUUUUUCAUCUAUGGUGAAACUGUAAAGUGAAGUACAACUGUAAUCUGAGUUUCUAAACCACUACUUUGUUAAGAAAUUAGCAAGCCUGGAAUCUUUUCAAGCUAGCAGCCGUGCCACUUGCUCUAGUCAGCGCGGUUUCCCAUGGAGGGUUUCUUACAGCGGUCCGUUCCAGAAGCUCGGAAAUAUUACUGAGUGCUUUGGCUGUAUUUAAACUUGUAAUAACUUUUAGGUGCGUUGGGAAAAAGCUGCCAGCAUAAAACUGGCAACUGUUUUUAAUUUAAAAAGGGCUCAUAUGUUUGCAAAAUGUUGCCUAGUUCCGCCAAUACCAAUAUUCGCAUUUCUGUCUGCGUCCACCAGAUGAGUUUAAGGCAACGUUGUGCUCUCUUUUUAGUUCUCCUCCAGCUCUUGAGGGAAAUUUCUGCUUGUUUCGUCUGUCUUAAUGCUUAACUAGCAUCAAAUUUCAUAGCUGAUGAAAAUACCUUCCUGCCAUGGCUGCAAACUACGCUACAAGCGCAGCGAGAGUGAGACGUAGCUAGAGAUCCAAAACAAGGAGCUAAAAGAUGCUAAAUACUGCAUACUCAAAAGAAAAACCUCUUUUGCUUACAAGAAAUCAUGUAAACCAUGAUUAUAGCCACUGUGUACACCUAAAUUAGUAAAUUCUUUACUUGAUUGAUUAAAUUGAAUUAAAUUUUGAGCACCUCAUCUCUUGCACCUUUACUAAAGAUAAAUAGGAUUUGCCAUAUUAUGGGAGAGUUUAAGAUUUCAUACGAAUGAUUUCAGUUCGGUUACAUUGGUAAAGACUUCUGUGUAUUGUGGCUGGAAACUUUUUUUAAAUUCUUAGUUAAAAUUGAGAGUGUACUGUCGAAUGCAGCAGUGGUGACAUACCAAUCUAUAAAUAUACACAGAAAACUCCCUCAUCAUGGUUCACAAACUGAUAAGAAACCCUUGAUGGGAACUGACGCUGAGAACUGAAUGCUAGUGGAACAGAGUUUCUCUGGAAGGAGGAGGACGGUUUCUUUCGGUGACAGCAGUGGUCGUGGAGUAGUGGUGACUUGCUUCUUUUCUCCCAUUUAUAUUUUUUACGCUGGGCAUCAGUGUCCCAGCAAAUCCAGCUUUAGACAAAAGCUCCUGAUGUUGGUCUGUGAUAAUGAAACAUUUUCUGGAUGCCAGUAUGGGUGAGCACACAGUCUAAAGUCUCCUCCAGUUACAGACUUUGAACUGGUUUUACUGCUGUGUAUCAAGAAGGUGCGGCAGCCAAAGUCUGUCUUUACGAUGCCCGAACUGGCACUUGACAUGAGAUUUUGUGUUGAUUAGACCUUUCUGUCUUCAUCUAAAGGUGCAAUUAAAUGUUAAUGGGAUGAACCUGUACAUUGCGGACUAGCAAAAAAAAAAGAAAAACCCCAGAGUAAUUGGCGAUGAUUGAAUUUGCUCUCUGUAGUUUGAUGUGGGUGGCAGGUACUGUCAAAAUGAAUGUGAGGAGGUUUUCCACAAGUAACAGCCAGUGACUUAAUUAUUGAUGACCACUUGUUCUUUAUCCAUAUUUUUUUUCUGUUUGUUCUUUAAUCUGUUGUGUUAUUGACAAGCUAAUGUCUUGUAUAUAGCUAACACAGCACCCUUACAGCCAGAGGACGCACUUUGGCUUUGGUCAAUAAGAAUUCGUCUCCUUUCUAAAAAAAACAAACAAACAAAAAACCCCUUCUUACUAAAAUUCAGGCAGUUCCUGUCAUAGAGUUUAGGCUAAAGUACAGGAGCAAAUUUAUGAAGUAACUGUUUCCACAUAAUGACACUGGAGUUCAUGUGGAGUUAACACUUCUUCCUGGACAGUUUUUACGAAUGAAAUUGGCUCUUUUUGUUUGACAUUGAAGCUUUUUUUUUUUAAAUUUGGGCAAAGCGGGAUGUGUUCUUAAAACAACUGGAGCUUCAAAGAAAGUCACUUCUUCAAUUUACCAAAGUUGAUUGUGUCAGUUAGCUGGCCCCAUCUUGUGGCCAAAGCAAAAGAAUCAAAAGCACAUCACUUAGCAGCUGAGGAUUGUAACAUUCAGUUUUGUUUAGCGUGAUGUUCAAACUAUUUUAUCAGCCAAAUGACAGAAAAAAUAAAAUAAAAUACACAUCGAUUUAAAAAGACAGUCCCCUCUCUCAAAAAAAAAAACAUUACAAUUGAAUAACAAACUAAAUGUGUGUACUUCUAGCCGUUGACCUCAGCCUUGAAGUUACAUCCUUGUUGUAAUUGUGUUCUCCAAGGUAAAUGUGUCACUGGAAUAUUCUUCCUCCUCUCUUUUGUCAUUUGGGACUGUGGAAUAAAACCAGUGCGAGAAGACUGAAGAUUGUAAUAUAAAUGUGCCAACAAAUAAACACCAGUAUUUCACAUUCA